UUUGAAUAAUUAUUUUAUUUUGAUAUUUAUUGAACAUUUAUAUAAAAAGAAAAGUGUCUGUGGUUUUGGGGGAUUGAACCGGGUGCCUUUGGUCUGUGGGCUUGUGACUUAUACCACUAGGCUAAGUCAGAUUUAUAUUUAUAGCAUAUCUUUAUUAUCGAAAGUACAUUUAGGUUUUUGGUUAAUUAUUUUGUGAUGUCAUAGAAAGAAUAGCAUUCUGGGUAAUUCUUGCCUAGCUCAUUUUCAUUGUCCAAGAGAAAGGCAAAGAGAGAAGUCAAGAAAUUUAACCUUCACAGUGUGUCCUUGCUUAGGAUCUGUCAACAUUUAUGUAUAUCAGGAAAUAAAGAACCUCAACACAAUAUUCAGAGUGUUACAUUUGGCGUCGCCGGUAGGAUUCCAUUCGGUUUCCCUGAGAACAACUUCCAGAAGGAAGACAGCUAAGAUACAAGUUGACAGCGCACAUUGUGAAUAGUGAGUAAGUGAUAUCAACUCAGAGUGAUUAGUGUUCACAACAUUGAAGUUCAACAGACAGAGUUGUACCAUCUCUGGACAAGUUUCACAAGCCACAAUGGAGGAAGAGAUAAAGAAGUUACAGGAUCAGAUCAAGAAUCUAGAGGCUAAAGGAUCCCAAGUACCAGUUGUUUAUCUGAAAUCAGACCGCAAAUUUCCCAAGUUCGGAGGCCGACCUGUCAAAGACGGAGAUCCGGAUGUCUACGAAUGGAUUUCCGAUAUGAGAGAACACAUUCAGUCCACUAAAUCGAAAGAUGAAUUCGUAGAUUUCAUCAUGGACCAUCUGACUGGAUCAGCGAAAUCAGAAGUCAAACUUCGACCUUUACAGGAGAGACAAACUGGAAAACAAAUACUGGAAAUUCUUGAGACCGUGUUUGAAAUCAAAGAAACAACUACCCAACUUCUUCAAAAAUUUUAUCAGCGAGACCAAAGACAGGAUGAAACGCUCGAAAAAUACUCUCUUGUGUUAACCGAGAUGGCUCAGAAAAUCAACAGAAAAGAAAAGAAAGAUCAAGUGAAUGACAUCAAGUUGACCGAGCGAUUCAUUGAUGGCAUAGGAGAUCAAAGUACUAGACAAGAGCUAAGGAAAGUUGUGUUAGACUCUGGCAACAUUCCAUUCUUUGAAUUCAGAAUGAAGAUGCUACGCUGGAUAGAGGACAAUCCUAAUGUGGAUGCGAGCAUUAAGAAAACAAUGUGUUCUCCUACUCAAAGUACUGAACUAGAUGAACUGAAAACUUUGGUCAAGAAACAACAAGAAAUGUUAGAAUGGCAGCAAGAACAGAUUGACAGAUUAACAAAGAAAUCUGAUGAGAGACUCGAUAGACAAUCAUAUUAUCAACAAGAGAGAGGAAGAUCAAGACAACGAUUCGGCCCUAGAUUUAACAGAGGACGUAAUGGAAGACAGGGAAGUAACAGAGGAAGGCAGUGCUACAACUGUGGUGGAUUGGGACAUAUGUCUAUGAACUGUCCAUCUGAAAACACACCCCCUACAGGAUCACGUCGUACAUCCGGUAACCCAAACUGGAAACCUUCUCAGUGAGGAGUCGAGCUGUGAAGGAAGAGGACCAAGACUCAGCUGAAACCUUAUACCAGAAAAUCAACAGCGCCGCAGCCAAGUGUCCAGAAACUUAUAUAGAAAUUAACGGAGUGAAAGUGAAAUGUUUAUUAGACACUGGGGCUCAAGUUUCAACUAUUUCAGAACAUUUUUACAAGAAAUACUUACCUGCUUCAAAACUCAGUAAUACUUCAAAGAUCCUUAAACUUUCCGCAGCAAAUAAAUUACAGAUCCCAUAUCUUGGAUACACUGAAGUUUGUUUGCGAAUUCAAGAUACUAUGUAUACAAAUGUUGGAAUGAUUGUAGAGAGUGUGACUAACUGCAAUGACCCAAUUCAAGUUGUACUAGGAUGUAAUGUUCUUAGAAGCGUCCGAAAACAUGCGUUAGAAACAACUUCACCUGUAAUACAUGAUCCAGUGUGGGAUAAUGUGAUGUCAGUUCUAGACUUGGAGAAAGAAGUGAAACAAAUUGGAUUUGUGAAACUAGCAGGUCGUCAACCAGUUAACAUUCCUGCAAACUCGAUGAAAGUAGUAUUUGGUACAACAAGACGGAAUAAGUCCACUGCACCGUAUACCGCCAUAGUUCAAGCUAUAUCUUGUGAAAACGGAUCUUUGCCGAAGAAUAUAUUGAUGGUGGAUACUUUCGUUGAAAUGAAAGACGGGAUAGUACCUGUGAAACUGAUGAAUAUUG